GACAGAGCUGAGGCCUGAGAGAGAGAGAUCUUCCUUUUUCCUCUUUUUCCCUUUUUUUUUUCUUUUCUUCGCUUUUACCAAAGCCGAUGCCAUUAUUUUUGCUUUCUUCUUCCUCACAAAAGAUCAAUUUCUGAAGCUUUUUACUCAGAAUCCCUCGCUUCGACAAUGUCAAUGCCUGAGCGAAGAAGAAAACGCUUUUAUUCUUAGGGUUUUCAGGGAACAAUCAACUACUCACUCCCUCCCAUCCCAUGGCGUUGGCUCAGGCGGUGCCGGGCAUUCCGUCUAGCUGCUCGCUUUGCCGGAACAACAAGAACAACAACAAUGGCGAUUACCCUUCCAACAUUCCUUUUCUCUCUGCGUUCGGAAUUUCUAGGAUUUGUGUUGGCUCGCACUCGCGAAAGCCUAAUUCUACUAAUAUUAGUCUUAAUGGACGGUGGAGAUUGAGCGCAGUCGAUACCCGCAUUGUUCAGAACGCUUCCUCUCGCGCCGUUGUUGAGAUUCCUGUUACCUGCUAUCAGCUUAUUGGUGUCACCGAUCAAGCUGAGAAAGAUGAGAUCGUUAAAUCUGUCAUGGAUUUGAAAAAUGCAGAAAUUGAAGAGGGCUAUAGCAUGGAUGUGGUUGUAUCCCGUCAGGAUCUUUUGAUGGACGUGAGAGAUAAGCUUCUCUUUGAACCAGAAUAUGCUGGUAAUACGAAGGAAAAGAUUCCACCUAAAUCUUCGCUCCCAGUACCUUGGUCUUGGUUGCCUGGUGCGUUGUGCCUCCUCCAAGAGGUUGGUGAAAUAAAGCUAGUCCUAGAUAUUGGCCGUGUUGCUUUUAAGCAUCCAGAUGCUGAACCAUAUAUUCAUGAUUUGCUUCUUUCUAUGGCGCUAGCUGAGUGUACUACUGCAAAGAUUAGUUUUGAGAAGAACAAUGUAUCUCAAGGAUUUGAAGCUCUUGCACGUGCUCAGUGCCUUCUAAGGAGUAAGAAGUCUUUGGAGGAACUAACAUUGUUAUCUCAGAUAGAAGAAUCUCUGGAGGAGCUAGCGCCUGCUUGCACGUUGGAAUUGUUAGGGAUAUCUAAUUCACCUGAGAACGCUGAACGGAGGCAAGGAGCUAUUUCAGCCUUGCGUGAAUUGCUUAAACAGGGUCUUGAAGUAGAGGCAUCAUGCCAAGUCCAAGAUUGGCCAUGCUUUUUGAGCCAAGCACUUAAGAAGCUAAUGGCUACUGAAAUAAUUGAUCUUCUUCCUUGGGGUGAUCUGGCAAUUACACGAAAGAAUAAGAAAUCACUCGAGUCACAAAAUCAGAGGGUUGUAAUUGAUUUAAAUUGCUUCUACAUGGCGUGUAUUGCUCAUAUUGCGGUUGGAUUUUCAAGCCAGCAAAUAGAGCUGAUUAGCAGAGCAAAAAACAUCUGCGAGUGUCUGACGGCAUCGGAAGGCAUUGAUCUGAAAUUGGUGGAUGCUUUUUGCCUGUUUCUUCUUGGUCAGGGUAGUAAGGGUGAGGUGGUUGAGCAACUUCGGCAGCUUGAAUCAAAUUCAAAUAAUGCUGCAAGAUAUUCCAUUUCAGGAAGGGAACUUAAAGAUGCGUCUGGUGCAAAUCAAUUGUUGGAAACAUGGCUGAAAGAUGCUGUGCUUAAUGUAUUUCUUGAUACACGAGAUUGUCCUCCAAGUUUGGUCAACUUUUUUAAUAGGGAAAAGAAAACUCCUGGGAGCAAGAAUAGAGUGUUUCCGCAAACCAUUUCUACUGGCGUUAGUCACAGACAAAUGCCUAGUAAUCUUUUAUCAGAGCGUAGAGAUUUUGAUGAUUCUCUUUCUCGUAUGAAUUCUUCUCAAAAUCUUGGUACGGCUGUCAAACAGUUGGCUCCAAUUGAUUUGCAAAGCUCGUUGAUAUUGGACAAAAGUAACAAUCGAAGCAACGUUAGUGCAUCAUCCGUUCAAUUGAAAAGGAAUAUAGGCAUGCACCACAAUAAAGUUUGGGAAAGUUGGUUAUCCCAAGCAUCUAUUGUCAGAAAGUUUACUUCCGUCGCAGUACUUGGCUGCAUUUUCUUUGCUAGCUUUAGGUUAACAGGCAUGAAUGUAAAUAGGAUGAGAAGUUCUUCUAAAUGCAUUCCAAGUAAAAUAAAUACACAUGAAGAUUCCCUUGUCUGGAAAACAGAUUCUUCUAUAAAUGACAAUCUUGUGCCUACUUACAUCAAUGAGGAUGGAAUUUCUGGAAGCAUUAAGAAGACUUUGGGAAUAGUUGCCACAUGGUUCUACAGUAAGUCAGAUGCUGGAAACACCCAAACUUUAAGCCCCAUUGCUAAUCUUUCAUCUUCUAUGCGAGCUAUGUCUCGGAGGCUCAUGCCUGUGGAAGAAGCUGAAGAACUUGUUAAGCAAUGGCAGGAAACUAAGGCUGAAGCUCUGGGACCUAGCCAUCAAGUUCAUAGCCUCUCUGAAGUUCUUGAUGACCCGAUGCUUUCUCAGUGGCACGCUUUGGCUGAUGCUGCAAAAGCCAGGUCUUGUUAUUGGAAAUUUGUGUUGUUGCAAUUGUCUGUCCUCCGAGCUGAAAUUUUAUCGGAUGGAAUUGGAGAAGAGUCGGCUGAAAUUGAAGCUCUUUUGGAGGAGGCAGCUGAACUUGUUAAUGAAUCUGAGCAAAAGAACCCCAGUUAUUACAGUACCUACAAAAUCCGAUAUCUUCUGAAAAGGCGAGAUGAUGGCUCUUGGAGGUUCUGCGAAAGUGAUCUACAAAGAUCAUAAGAUGUUCAAACUAGCUCUAGAAACCACCAAUAGUGACUUAAUUCUUUGCUAACACUCUUCCUCCCAUUACAAUUAUAAUGGCGAGAGGAAACCCAUAAAAUUUGACUCUUUUAGGAUGGUUUACCUUGAAAAAGAAGAAGAAGAAGAAGGCUGUAGUAUGACUUUGUUCUUUCUUCCGAGCUGUGUAUAGGGUCCGUUUGGCCUGCUUUUAGAACCAGCAAGUGGUUUUGAAAAUGAAAUUUGUUUCCUUAGAAGGUAAAUUGUGAUAGCACUAGAAAGGUGGCGUAUGAAAGGUUUUUUCCUCAGUUGUAUGGCCCUUUUGGUAGUACUUUUAAAAUGACCAAAAUAUGAUUAAUCAAAUUUUUGCUUGAU